AUGUUGAGUAGGAAUGUCACAACAAAUCCCCAGUUUAUUCUCCUAGGACUGACCAGUCGCCUAGAACUUCAAGUAUUAUUCUUUGUCCUCUUUCUAACCAUCUAUAUCAUCACUGUGGUGGGGAAUCUGGGGAUGAUGGUGUUAGUGCGAAUCACUCCCAAGCUUCACACACCCAUGUACUUUUUCCUCAGUCAUUUGUCUUUUGCUGACCUCUGUUUCUCUUCCAAUGUGAGUCCAAAGAUGCUGGAGACUUUCAUAGUGAAAAAGGCAACCAUCUCCUACUCAGCCUGCUUGGUGCAGUGUUAUCUUUUCAUUGCUUUAGUCCAUGUGGAAAUCUACAUCCUAGCUGUGAUGGCCUUUGACCGUUACAUGGCCAUCUGUAAUCCUCUGCUCUAUGGCAGCAAGAUGUCCCCAACUGUCUGUGCCUCUCUCAUUUCAGUGCCCUAUGUGUAUGGCUCUCUCACAGGCCUCAUGGAGACCAUGUGGACCUAUAGCUUAUCAUUCUGUGACCUCCAUGAGAUUAAUCAUUUUUAUUGUGCUGACCCUCCACUCAUCAAACUAGCUUGUUCUAGUACAUACAACAAAGAACUAUCUAUGUUUGUUGUGGCUGGAUUUAACUUCACUUUUUCCCUCCUCAUCAUUCUUAUCUCUUAUGUGUACAUAUUCCCAGCAAUAUUCCGGCUCCGUUCUGCAGACAGCAGGCGCAAAGCCUUUUCCACCUGUGGGUCUCAUCUGACAGCUGUCACUAUAUUUUAUGCAGCUCUUUUCUUCAUGUAUCUCAGACCACCAUCUGAGACAUCUGUGGAACAAGGGAAAAUGAUGGCCGUAUUUUAUACCACAGUGAUCCCUAUGUUGAACCCUAUGAUCUACAGCUUAAGGAACAAAGAUGUUAAAGAAGCCUUAAGCAAAGGACUCUUCAGAAAAGAGCUCUCUAAAUAA